AUGUCGGGCCCUUUGCCCGAUGUGCACGGCUCUGCAAUCACCACUGCAGAGCCUCAUCUACAGUCACGGUUGGUGUUGGCAGUUGAUGAAAAAAAAAGCAAUGCUGAUAACGAGGCUUCUCUUUCUUUCCCGAAUACAGAACAGGAUACAACUCUUGAUUCUAAGUCAGAUCAUGCGCCUUUCCAAUCUACUCACAGUAUCCCCGCUUCCUCGGACGUCGACGACGAUGGUCGCAUGGCCACCGAAGACGAAGUGCGUGAUCUGCUCCACGUCGUUGACAACGUUCCAAGUCGCGUCUGGUUAGCCUGUAUAGCGGGUAUCCUGGAACGCUUUGUCUGGUAUGGAGCGACUGCUCCGCUACAGAACUACCUGCAAAAUGCGCCCGGGGGAGAAGUUCCCGGAGCUCUGGGACUAGGCCAGGCUACGGCUUCGAACAUCGUCAAUGUCUUGUUCAUUGCGUCGUAUAUUACCCCCGUACCUGCUGCCGUGAUUGCUGAUAGCUGGCUGGGUCGCCAUAAAACCAUGAUUUACGCUGCUAUUAUCGAGGCCGUCGGCGCCACCAUUCUCUUCGGAACGUCCCUGCCUGUCGCCAUCCGCGAAGGGGCUGCCUUAGGCGGGGUAAUCGCUGCUUGUAUCCUCAUGUCUAUUGGAUCCGGUGCAUUCAAUGCUACUGUGGUACCUUUCAUCGCCGACCAAUACGAUGACGAGGAGUUUCGGAUUAGGAUGAAGAAGGGGCAAAAAGUUGUCUCUGACCGGGAAUUGACUAUUACCUAUAUUUAUAACGUUUAUUACUGGACAAUCAAUAUCGUUGGUUUCCUGGCUGAUUCUACACCGUUGUUAGAACGAUAUGUUGGCUUCUGGGUCGCGUACUUGGUUCCAUGCUGUGCCAUGUGGCUAGCCCUGCUUCCGGUGCUUUUCGGACGCCACUACUUCAUUCGGGUUGUGCCCACCACCAACAUAAUGCCGCAGGUAUGCACAGCACUGCGUCUCGGAAUCGCAGGCGGCUUCAAAAUGGAUGCCGCAAAGCCGGACGCCCAGCUUCAGCAACACAGUCGACAGGUUCCCUGGACAGACUCAUUCAUCGAGGACAUCAAAUUGAGUCUGCUGACCAGCCGAGUUUUGCUCCUCUUCCCCAUCCACUGGCUCUGCUAUAACCAAACCUUCAACAACUUGAUCUCUCAGGCUGGGCAGAUGGUUACCUAUGGUAUUCCGAACGACAUGAUGAAGGUCGCGGGGGCUAUUUCCGGAAUCAUCGUUGCGCCCAUCAUUCAGAAGGGGCUCUAUCCUUUCCUCACAAAGCGAAAAGUUUCAUUUGGACCGAUCGCACGCAUGACAGUCGGAUUCCUCGUUCUGGCAUUCGCCAUGGCCUACACCACUGGAGUUCAGAAACUCAUUUACCAGUCCGGCCCAUGCUACGACAACCCCCUCGCAUGUGCCGCGGCGAAGGACCGUACGAUCCCAAAUCAAGUCUCAGUCUUUCUGCAGAUUCCCAUCUACUUUGGUGGGUCGUUGGCGGAGGUCUUCUGCUUUACCACGGGAACUGAGUAUGCCUAUAACAAGGCUCCGAAGAACAUGAAGACCUUGGUUCAGGCCAUCUGGCUCGGUAUGGGUGGCAUUGGAGCCUGUCUUGCUCUGGCCUUCACUCCACUCACUCGCGACCCCCACCUAGUUACGAUGUAUGCUAUUCUGACUGGGCUUCUGGGUGGCGCAGGUGUCUUACUAUAUGUUCUUUUCCGGCGUCUAGACAAGGCCAAAGUCAAGGAAGAUGCCGAAUAA